CGCGAGCGCGCGCCCCGCCGGGGCCUGUGCGCUGCGCGCGUGCGCGAGCGGUACAGCACCAGCCGCGGGAGCAAGGAGUAUUAUGGGCUGUGGGUGCCGCUGAGCAAGAUGGAGCUGUCUGCAGUGGGCGAGCGGGUCUUCGCGGCCGAAUCCAUCAUCAAGCGGCGGAUCCGCAAGGGACGUAUCGAGUACCUGGUGAAAUGGAAAGGGUGGGCGAUCAAGUACAGCACUUGGGAGCCCGAGGAGAACAUCCUGGACUCGCGGCUCAUCGCCGCCUUCGAGCAGAAGGAGAGGGAGCGUGAGUUGUAUGGACCCAAGAAGAGGGGACCCAAACCCAAAACUUUCCUCCUGAAGGCCCGGGCCCAGGCAGAGGCCCUCCGCAUCAGUGAUGUGCAUUUCUCUGUCAAGCCAAGCGCCAGCGCCUCCUCGCCCAAGCUGCACUCCAGCGCCGCCGUGCACAGGCUCAAGAAAGACAUCCGCCGCUGCCACCGCAUGUCCCGCCGCCCCCUGCCUCGUCCGGACCCCCAGGGAGGCAGUCCCGGCCUUCGCCCGCCCAUCUCGCCCUUCUCCGAGACGGUUCGCAUCAUCAAUCGCAAGGUGAAGCCUCGGGAGCCCAAGCGGAACCGCAUCAUCCUCAACCUGAAGGUGAUAGACAAGGGCGCGGGGGCGGGGGGCACCGGGCAGGGCGCGGGGGCGCUCGCCCGCCCCAAGGUCCCCUCGCGGAACCGCGUCAUUGGCAAGAGCAAGAAAUUCAGCGAGAGCAUCCUGCGCACGCAGAUCCGCCACAUGAAGUUCGGCCCCUUUGCGCUCUACAAGCCCCCGCCUGCCCCGCUGUCGCCCCCACCCGCCGGCAAGGCUGACCUUGCUGCUUCCGCGAGCUCCGGGAUGCUCCUGGCCAAGCCCGCAGCCACCUACGACGCCCAUAGCUCCAGCUCCUCGGGCUGCCCCUCCCCCACACCGCAGUCCUCUGACCCCGACGACACGCCCCCCAAGCUGCUCCCGGAGACCACGAGCCCCUCCGCCCCUGAGUGGCGCGAGCCCGAGGUGCUCGACCUGUCCAUCCCUCCCGAAUCCGCAGCCACCAGCAAGCGGGCGCUGCCCGAGGUCACCCCUACUGCCGGCCAGGCACUUCCCACGGCCCCGGAGCCCACCAGUGCCUCUUCUGAGCCCGAGGCAGGGGACUGGCGCCCAGAGAUGUCCCCUUGCUCCAAUGUGGUCGUCACCGAUGUCACCAGCAACCUCCUGACGGUCACUAUCAAGGAAUUCUGCAACCCUGAGGAUUUUGAGAAGGUGGCUGCUGGGGUAGCAGGUGCUGUAGGGGGCAUGGGUAGCAGCGGGCUGAGCAAGUGAGAGGCUCCCACAGGAGGGGGUUGUGGGGGGCCUCCUGUCUGAAGUCCACUUGUGCUCCCACCCUGCCUCUGCGCUUAGACCUGCCUGCCUGUGCUUUGCUUGCCUCAAAUGGCUUGGUGCUGACCCAGGGAUGGGAUGGGCAGUUGGCCCCCGAGAAGGCCAGGAGGCGGGACGGUCCUGGACUGGGUUAGGGCUGGGCACUGAGAAAGGCUCUCUCCUGUGACUUGGCAACGUCCCUGCCCAUGCACAGUGGGGCUUGCUGCGUGCUUUCUGGGGAGCCCCGGACUUGGGGUUCACCUGGCCCAUCCACAUCCCACCCCAUCGUCUCUCCUAGCUUGCUUCUUGCUCUCGUGUACAGCGUCUGAUCUCGGUGCUAACCUGGCAGCUGAGGGGCCCUUAGGAGACACCACCUAGGGUGGGCACAGCCCCUUUCCUCCUGCCCAUCUGGCAUAGCCCCAGAGGGAAGGAUGAGGCCAGGUGGACACCCCUGCACACCGGUGAGCUUAGCAGCCACUUCUGGACCAGGCCUAUGCAGGCCCCUGGUGCCCACCCCUGCCUUUCUGAACCCAGAAAGCGCCCUGCCACCACCUAUGGGCAUUUAAAGGGCCCUGCAGUUCUGGACCAAAGGUGCUGCGGGCACCUGCAGUAGAGAUGCCAGCUGUGCGUGUGUGUCUGCACUGGGCAAGUGUGUAUGUGGGUCUGUGUGUGCACUGGGUGUUGGGUGCCAGCCUUUUCUGGUGGCACCUUUACACCUCCUCGGAACAGGGUCCUAAAGGCCUGGCCCAGGCAUACCUUGGCAGGGCUGGGUCUGGGCAGUUUGCUGUGGGAACUCCAGGGAGCCCUGGGUCUCCAGUGAGCCCUCGCCCUUCUCUGGAGGUGGUCAGCCUGGCUAGUUGGGCCUGAUCUACAGUCCUGGCAUGGUGGGGAUUGUGGCAGAGCUGGAGUCCACAGCAGCCUCCCUCCACCCAGUGGUCAAGGAGGAAGGAGGAGACCUCGGAGAUUUCCCAGAUGCCCCUGGACUUCUCCCAUCCCUCCUAGGCUUCUGCCUGCCAAGGCUUUCUCACAGCCCAGCCUGCUCGAAGCCACGGGAGGCCGGGGUGCCCAGGCAGAUUCCUUUGUCCUGUGCUGCCUGAGCACCAAGGCCUCCAUGCCAGCAGCAGUGACCAAAGCCCCACUUUUAGGUCGGACACUGGGAGUAGGCCAACCAAAGGGAGAAACCAUGUGUUCAGAAUAGCAAGGGGAUCGAUCGGCCACUGGGGAGGGUGGAGAGCUGACCUACUCUUGACCACUGCUUGGGACCAAGUUAGGUGUGGGUGGCACGUUCCUGCGUGCGGCUGGAGCUGGUUUCCGGGUGUGUGCAGCUGUGGGCACCUCAUUCAGAAGCAGGAUGGCAAGAGGCAAGUGAGAAGGGGACCGAUCAGAUGACCAGCACCUUGGUCCUUAGAGGAGGACACUUUCUUCUGCACCUCCCUGCCAGGGCUGCAGCGUAGCCUCACCCUCUCCACUGCAGGGUAUAGAAUAGGGGCCCUCUCAGGGUGGAGGGGUGGCAUUCCUGGGUCCCCCCUUCCCCACCCUUUGUGUAGGCCCUGUGACUGUCCAAGUGCCAACUGGCUUUUCCCCCAAAUAAGGGCUGGUAUUUCUCCUCUGUCCUUAGAGGCGAUUUCCCCCAACCCCCUUCCCAGGUGCUGUUCACCUGGGUGUCAGUUACAGGUGUUUCCAGAGACCAUAGAAAUGUGUUUUCCUGAGAGUCUGUGUCAUUGGUGACUUUUUUUGUAAAGAAGUUGUGUUUUCAGAGGUGAUUUUAUGACAGGAAAGUGAAAGAAUUAGUUUUGCAAAAAAAAAAAAAAAAAAAAGGGGGGGGGACAAAAAAAAAAGGAAUAAAGAAAAAACGAUUGUGGGAUUCCGAAGGGAGCAGGGCGGGGGGAGAAGGCUAUUUAAAGAGAACCUAGUAGCGUAGCAUUGCACAGCUGGGGGGCGAGGUGUGGGCAGGCAGGGCCUGGCAGGGCUGCCGGCAGUGUGGACCCAGCCUCUCCUCUUUAGCCCCAGGUGGUUGAGACUUUCGUGCGGACCUGGGCCCAGACUUCCACACCCGUCCUUGUCCUUGGUUGAAGGGAAGGGUGACAGCCUGACCCAAGGGGGCUGACCUGAGGCUGGGGUGCCAGGCAGACAGAGGCCGAGGGCUCGGGGAUGAGGGGGUCCGCAGGGUCCUCCCUGGCCUGUGGUUGGUGAUUUUCUCCAGGAAGGCUGGUGAGUAGGCAGUUUGGUUUCUUACUGUCCUCCCUUUGCCAGCUUGCUGGCCCUUCUGGUCCCUACCACUGCCACCCCAUAGGAGGGCAGCUCCCCCAUCACCGCAAAGACUCUGACUUCCCAGAGCUUCCCUGACCAAGAGAGGGAUGCAGGCUGCCAAGAGCGGUGGGCCCUGGGAGGCUGCCAGGCAUGGGGAGAAGAUGCUGCCACCCCACAGCAGCACCCAGGGCACAUGUUGCCUGGAGGUGCCUGCACCGUGCGGGCCUGGGUGGGCUCCAGAUCCACAGCAAGACAGGCCCCCACCUGUCUCCCAGGAGACGCAACACAGGCCCUUGGCCACAUGCUUGCACAGGAUCAGCCUCCUGCGGGGGUCCCUCAACCCCUUGCUGCUUUUCCAUUUGCCUAAUUACCAAGCAGAAGUUGCAAUCUGGUUUGCUUUAUUUUUGUAUGUGAAAUAACCCCCAGGCCCCAACCUCCCGCAUCCAGUAUUUUGUGGGCAUUGGUUAUCUCUUAGGUGCACCACCCUCCCAACCACACAUCCUAGGAAACAGGUGCAGUCAAGUGUCUCUGGGUUGAGUAGGAAAGUAGGGACCAGGCCCUGUCUCAGACCUUGGUCCGUCCUUCCACAAAGCAGGUGUUAAGCGCAGCAAGCCCUUGGCUGAAGCACUGCUGUGUUAAGGACCAGGUUGCUCCAGGCUGCUGGCCCCAGGACUUGAGGCACUCACAGACCCCUUUAUUUUCAACCCUGGAAAGGGGUUAAGGUCACAAUGAACCUCUUCCUCGCUGUGAUUGGGAAGAGGUGACCAUCGCUGGAGUCCCCAUUCUCUGGGGGAGGUGGGUAGAGUGGGAGAGGUGGCUCCAUUUGAGAGGCAGCUAAGCCUAUAGCCCACACUGCCCUGGCCUUUGGGGAAGAGCCCUUUAAAAGGUGCAGCCACCCCAGGCCAGUACAAGGCAAUGGCAGGCUAUAGCGGGAGGGUCAGCCCAGAGGAGGUAGCGCAGUCUGUUCCAGGGGCCUGGGGUGCAUCCUGUCUGGGCACUCAAGAAUUUGCCUGCUUUUCUUCCCUCUUCUGUGGUUUGGUUUUUGGGGUGUUUUUUGUUUGUUGGGGUUUUUUUUUUUUUGUUUUUUUUUCUCUUUUUGCACUUCGCCCACGCUGGACAGUGGAGCCCUCCUGGUCAGUUCCGCUCCCGGGCUUCCAUGCACUAGCCCAAGGCAGCCUCUCUGGGGUUUGUAUGGUUUGAGGAAUCACUUUUUAAAAGAAAAAAAGUUUAAGGGAGUUUUGCUUUGUUUGCUGUGUUUGCAUCUCCACUCAAUUCAGAAAGUCCAGGAUGCGGGGCUAGAGCCCCAGGAGAGGGCGCUCUGGCCCCUUUCCUGCUAACACCGCGAUGCGGAAGUCUAGAGCUGGUUGGGUAGGGGUCCUAGACCCCACCUCCCAGCCUGCGCAUCCCCUCAAACCUUGAAGGAGUCAGCCCUCCGCCCACCAGUGAGUGAGCGCCUACUGUAUGCAGAGCAUCAGCUAGGCUGUGGGGGCUGAUGGUCCAGUGGGGGGACCCGCUCCUUAGGGGCCAGGUGGGAGGCACACGCGUCCGCCCGCCCUUGCUUGCUGUUGGGUGCAGGGGAGAUGGAGACGACUUUUGUUGGUUUUAAUUUAAAAACACAAAGGCCUGAAGAAAUAAUGUAUCUUAUAAUUUUUUUAAUUUUUGAGAAGCUCAUUUAAUGAAUUGUGCACGAAUGAAUUCUAUAUAUAUAAAAAUAUACGUAUAUAGCUCUAUAUUUGGGAAGGGGCACUGUCUCUUUUUCUCGCGCGCAUUUUUAAGAUGAAGUGUUGUUGCCUUUGUCUGUGGUUCAACCAUCCAGCUCCCAGCUGGCUAAACUUUGCCUCCAGUGGUAAAAGAUGGGAAUGUAGUGGGGUGGCAGAAGGGAAGUGGGGAUGGGUCCCCCAGUCCACCCUGCCCCUCCCAGGUGGAGACCGAGGGUUUAUUUUGGGUGUGGGUUCGGUUCUCUUGUUUCGUUUCAGUGAAUUCUUGGCCAGGGGAGGGCAGGUUUGUGCUGAUUACUCUGUCUUGUACGUUUUGUUCUGCUGCUCUUCAAUAUUGUAUGCCAGGAAAGGGGAGUGAAAAGCCUUUUACCCCCCAAAUAAAUUGUCACAUUCCAAAACUACA